CGCAACGGGACGCACGGGACUAUUUCUCAGGAGAAAUACAUCACACGCUCUUCUUCUGCGGGGUCUGCUCGGUGCCAUUCAUCGUUAACGGUAUUUUCUCGAACCGGAAUAAGCUGUGAGAGAAAUGAAAGCGUGGAGAGUCGGGUUCCUGGAGUUUCUGGUGUUGAUCGCAGCUGUGCACAAUGUCACGUCUCUGGAAGAGGAGCUCGCCGACUCUACUUUUGGUAACUUCCUCGAGCCUCUGAAUAACCUCUUCAACCACAAAGAUGACAGCAAUCAGACUGUGGCCAAAUUCUCCCUCCGCAAACCAUCCCAUCCCGACGACGACCUGUGCUACAUCGUUCCUGGAAAACCUGAGUCCCUGGCAGCCUGCACCUUCAACAGCACCGCCAAAACCUUCCUAGUAAUCCACGGAUGGACAUUGAGUGGUAUGUUUGAAAGCUGGGUGGAAAAGUUGGUGAUAGCGCUGUAUGAGCGAGAACAGACGGCGAACGUCAUCGUGGUGGACUGGCUCACCUCGGCACAGAACCACUAUGUGGUCGCAGCUCAGAAGACCAAAGCAGUGGGGCAGGAGAUCGCUCGCUUCAUCGACUGGAUCGAGGAAACCACCAACAUGCCUCUGGAGAACAUCCACCUGAUUGGCUACAGCCUCGGGGCUCAUGUAGCAGGAUUUGCUGGCAGCCAUGCAACCAAUAAAGUCGGAAGAAUAACUGGUCUGGACCCAGCUGGUCCUGACUUUGAGGGGGAGCACGCCCACAGACGCCUGUCCCCAGAUGACGCUUACUUCGUGGACGUCCUCCACACCUUCACACGGGGCUCCCUGGGUUUCAGCAUCGGCAUCCAGCAGCCUGUCGGCCACGUGGACAUUUACCCCAACGGUGGCAGCUUCCAGCCGGGCUGCAACCUCAGGGGCGCCCUUGAGAAGAUUGCAAACUUUGGGAUAUUCGCGAUCACUGAUGCAGUCAAGUGUGAACACGAGCGCUCGGUCCACCUGUUCAUCGACUCCCUGUUGAACAAGGAGGAUGCCGCCAAGGCCUAUAGAUGUGGCAGCAACGACAUGUUCAACCGCGGCAUGUGUCUCAGCUGCCGCAAAAACCGCUGCAACACGGUGGGCUACGACAUCAGCAAGGUCCGCAAGGCGCGCAAUGUUCAGAUGUACACCAAUACACGGGCGUCCAUGCCUUUCAGAGUUUACCACUACCAGCUGAAGAUCCACUUCUCCAGUAAGGUGAACCGCUCAGAGAUGGAGCCUUCGCUCACUGUCUCGCUGUACGGAGCCACAGGAGAGGCUGAAAACCUGGAGCUUAAACUAAAAGAAAAAAUUGCGACAAAUAAGACACAUUCAUUCCUGCUGGUGACAGAGAAGGAUAUCGGCGACCUGUUGAUGCUGAAGUUUAAAUGGGAGGAGACAAACGGCUGGUCGGCCUCCAGCAUGUUGAAGAUGGUUUCCUCUUGGUGGUCCGGCGACUCUGACAGCAACAACAUUGAGGUUCACAAGAUCCGAAUUAGAACUGGAGAGACCCAGCAAAAGAUAGUGUUCUGUGUAAAAGACCCUGAAGCUCAGAGCUUAACACAGGAGGUCACAUUUGUUAAAUGUAAAGAUUCGUGGAGAUCAAUCCCCAAAAGAAUAACUCUGGAGAACCACUGACUUUGAAGAAAAUAUCCAACGGUUGAAAACUCUCUGGUUCUUUUUUUAAGCACUUAGAAAAUAACUUAUUUUAUUUCUCAAAUUAUAAAAAUCCAUCACUGCCUUGUAAAUAUCCACAGAGGUUAUUUAAAACAACGUGUAUGUAAAUUACCGUGUAAUAUUCUCUAACAUCAUUAUUGUACAUUGUUUGUUGUACAAAAAGUAAAUCUCUUUGGUAGAUAUGGAUUAUUCAGUCAGAUUUUAGUGACUAUUCACAGUCUUUUGUGAGACACCCCAGUAUGACUGUACUGGAGGUACAAACGUCCUAUUGUGUAAAAUACCUCAAGUUACAUUUUAAACCUAUAACAAGCACUGUGAAGAAUAAUGAAGAGGAAAAUAAUGAUAAAUGUGAAUUUCUUAAGGUGUUUUAUUCAAUAGGUUACAAUUUCUUCACCAGAGCAUUCACCACUGUGGCUCUCAGCACGAUACGUGACUGUGGGACCUGGAUCAGUGUGCCUUACUGGAAACGGUCGCUAGAAGUACCCUUGUCUCUUAACUUAGUGCUUUCUUGCUGUUUUGUACAAACUUGUGCGAUGCCCGAAACCCUCAAACACACUUUUUUAUAUUGCUGCACCUCUGCAGGAAGACUUUAAUCGAGAGCUGUUACCUCAAAGAAAAGCCUGACGUUUUGUCUGCCAUUUUUCUAUGAUUGUGUCGAAACUUUUCAAAGUAUGCGGUGCUCAGUGUGACGUAGAGGCUGCCGUUAAUCCCAAGCCACUUUCACGCAGCCAGUUCAAAACUGGAAUGUUAGUUAUCCCUUCUCGUCAUUCUGAAUAAAAGGUACAAACAAGUUCCUUCUGUGUUUAAGAUUUCUACAAUAUUAACUCUUACAUUUUCCUAUGAGCAAUAUCUAAACCUCAGCUCUUUAGAGAUCAGUACUGUAAACAUUGUGACUUCAUUUCCACCUAUUUUAAAAAGGAGAUGUUUCACUUUUGCACUGAAAACAUUUGACAACAUUGUACAGUAAAUUGAGUGUAAAUACCAUAAUAAGAAUUAUGAUAAGAAUGAUGGUGGUGGUUUUGUAAUAUGGAACAUUGUUGGUUAUAUGUUUUCACCUUUGGAGGAAGUUAUUCUGUAAAAUAUAUAUUUCUUAAUCGUUUGUACAUAAUUGUAAAUAUUCGCUCUGCUAUAUAAAGUCUUUAAUAAACCAAAUCUGCCCCUGA